GGCGUCGCCGGGUCCUGGCAGCUGCGGGCGCGGCGCGAGGCAAUUGGGACGCGGCAGCGGGGACGACGACCCAGGCGCUAGCGGAGGCCGAGCCGAGCAGCCCCGGCCCGCGGAGACAUGAGCGCGCGGCCGCCCGCCGCACCCCGGGCGCAGUGGCCCGGCCCCGCCGCUCCGUGAUGGGCUCCUGCGUGUCGCGAGAUCUGCUCACAAGUGCCCAGAAAGACUGCCCCAGGCCCCAGGGCACAGACCUCCUGAAUCAGGAUCUGACCUCCAGCCAGCAUCCGCCUGCUCUUGUUCCGGACCAUGAUGGUGGCAAGGACAAGCAACUGGAUUUCUGUUGGGAUCCGUGGCAGAGGUGCUUCCAAACCACCAAUGGCUACAUAUCAGACUCUAGAGCCUGCCCCAGCAACUACAGUGUGGCUGCCCUGGCCACCUCAUCCCUUGUGGGGGUGGUACAAAGCAUCAAGGACCACAUCACAAAGCCCACAGCCAUGGCCCGUGGCCGAGUGGCCCAUCUCAUCGAAUGGAAAGGCUGGAGCGUCCAGCAGUCAGGCUGGGAGCUGUCCCCAGGAGACGACGAGCAUUAUUGCUGUCUGCCUGACGAGCUGCGGGAGGCCCGCUUUGCUGCGGGUGUCGCUGAGCAGUUUGCUAUCACGGAGGCCACUCUGAGUGCCUGGUCCUCCCUGGAUGACGAAGAACUGCAGCCGGAGGACAGUACCCAGGGUGCCUUCCAGCUCCAAGACCUGGAGAGCAUCUACCUUCAGGACAGCCUCCUGAGUGGCCCUUCACAGGACGACAGUCUCCUAGCCUGCUCCCCUGGCCUCACUCUCGAUGAUGGCUGGCCUUCACUGGAGGAGGAGCCCGCUAGCCCCACCCACCAACACCGGCAGAGGCUGCCUGGGGCUCAGGGGCCUGACAGUGGAGGGGCCCACGUGCAUGGCUCCCUGCCCUCCGUGGACAGUGGGUCUCUCUCAGAAGACGAGGAUGAGGUAUUCUACAACUGAGGCGAACUGGCCACUCCACACUUCUCUGGGAGCCCAAGGCACCGUCUGCUGGCACUGAACAUCUCUUGACUCCUUGGGCCAAACACAGGGUGGAGUGUGGCAGGGAUGGUCACUGUCAUUCUUGUGGAGACCACUCAGUGCGUCCAUGGACCUGCCCUCAACAGUGGGAGGGAGCCCCCUGCUUUGUGGGCUUGGCCCCUCUAGGGCCUCUGCCUUCAGCCCACUCCCAGACUCUAAGCAGACACCAGGGCAACUGGCCCCAGGAGACUGGCACUCAGGCCCCUAGGAGGACACCAGGGGAAGAUUGGGAGAGUGGGGGAGUCAUUUGGAGGGGCCUGGGAAGCCAGCCUUGACUUGGGCUCAUCUUCUCGCCACUCAUCUGUCCCAUGGAAGGUGGGACAGUUUCUUCUGGUCAAGCCAUUCCUUGCCUCUCUAACAUCUCUGGAGGGUCUGUCUGUUCCUCCUCUCUUACCUGGUUCCUCCGUGACCCCCGUGCUCCCAAGCCAAGAGAACCCACGUCUCCCCUUACCCCCUUCAUCUCCCACAGGGUUCUCUGGUGACAUUAAAGUAGUGUGCUCAUCCUGGAUGAACUUGACCUGGUAUCCCAGGGAGAGCGUGUUCCUGAGCCCUGGAUGAGGGUCUAUAGGGCUUAGGGGGGACUCCUCCCUCCAACACACAGAUACCCGAGAGGCCUCAAAGGAGGAGGUCUAGGGCAUCUUCUUAUCCUCAAAGAGCCACACCCAGAGACCUCCCUUUGCCAGUUGAACCACAGCCAGGGAGAUCAAGUCUGGAGACCUCAUCCCCAAGGUCCUGUUAGAGGUGAGGCCAAGCAUUAUACGACCUGGUAGGGACCCUCAUUUCCCUCUAUUUCCCUACUGAGAGGUAUAGAUUGAAGAGCCCCAGGCCCAGCCUGUGAUGCCCAUGUGAGCACCAGAUGCCCCAAGGGCUUAACCUAGGCCAUCACUGGAACCCAAGGGGCCAAAUGCACACUCUUGAGGGAGAACAGGCAUGAAUGGUGGCUCUGGGCAUCACUUU